UUGGCCCAGUAUCCAUUCGGCCGUGUUCCCAUAAUGUCCGCCAGCGGUCGUCGCUUCUGUCGCAGCCGUUGCCAAAGUUGUCAUUGUCAUCCGUACCAGCAGCAGCAGCAGCAGCAGCAGCAGCAGCAGCAAUAUCCACAGCAGCAACACUAGGCAGCAGCAACUAGCAACCAGCAACUAGCAGCAACAUCUAUAGCAGCAGCGGAGCAGCAGCUUAAAAAUACAUUUUUCACAAUGAAGCAAACGAGCGGAGAUAGUAAAAUGUGUGCCACAGGAAACAACAGGAAAUCAAAGAAAUCCUCCAAGAACCUGAACUAUAUAGACAGCCAGAAGGGAAUAUCUCAAUAAAAGGAAAAACCAGCGAGAGAAAUAAUCACAAAACA